CAAACGGAAAUGAUGUUGGCUUGGAGAUUAGGCAAAGUUGCUGCCUUUGAGCAAGAAACACAGAUAAGAAAUGGCGUAUAAUCUCUGCUCUUCAUCUUCUUCCCUCUUUCAUGGCCGCCGCCUCUUUUGCAAUUCUUCUUAUUCUCUACAAAAAAAACCAAGGUCAACGGCCUUCCCUGAAUCUGUUAAGCCUGGUUUCCUCUCCUGUCAAUUCAAAAACCAUGUCUCGCUGCAAGACCCAAUUGCCCAAGACACCCAGAGGCAGGGCCUAACAGAAGAUGCAAGCCGUCAGAAGCCAGAUGGAAAUACGGGUUUGCCUCCCAAAAUCUCCACCUGGGUCAAUUCCAAAAGCCCGAUAGCGCCAAAGCUUAGAAAAAGAUCUUAUGAUUCCAGGUACUCUUUUCUUGUGAAAGUCGCUGAGUCUUUGAAUUCAUGUAAUGAAAAGGAGGAAGAUGUUGUUGGCGUUUUGAGUGGUUUUGGUGGCAAUAUUUUCGACCAAGAUGCUGUGGUUAUACUUAAUAACAUGUCGAACCCUGAUACUGCAUUGCUUGCGCUUAAGUAUUUUCUAAAGAUAUUGAACCCAGAUAGAGAGGUCAUUCUGUAUAAUGUGACAAUGAAGGUGUUUAAGAAGUGCAAGGAUUUAGGUAGAGCAGAGAAACUGUUUGAUGAAAUGCUUGAGAAAGGAGUUAAGCCUGAUAACAUCACGUUUUUAACAUUAAUUAGCUGUGCAAGGAUAUGUUCUCUACCUGAUAAGGCUGUUGAGUGGUUUGAGAAAAUGCCUAGCUUCGGGUGUGAUCCUGAUGGUACGAUUUGCGCUGUUAUGAUUGAUGCCUAUGGGCGGAGUGGUAAUGUUGAUAUGGCAUUGAGCUUGUAUGACCGGGCAAGAACAGAAAAAUGGCGUAUUGAUCCUGGGACCUUUUCAACCUUAAUUAAAAUAUAUGGGAUGUCUGGACACUUUGAUGGCUGUUUAAAUCUUUAUGAGGAAGUUAAGGCUCUAGGUGUUAAGCCAAACUUAUCGAUAUAUAAUACUUUGUUGGAUGCAAUGGGAAGAGCAAAGAGGCCUUGGCAGGCCAAGAAUAUUUACAGGGAAAUGACCAACAAUGGAUUUUCUCCAAAUUGGGGAACCUAUGUAGCUCUCUUGCGUGCUUAUGGGAGAGGCCGAUACGGUGAGGAUGCUCUGAAGGUGUAUCAAGAGAUGAAGGAAAAGGGAUUUGAACUGAAUGUGAGUUUGUAUAAUACACUCUUGGCUUUGUGUGCUGAUGUUGGCUAUGCUAAUGAAGCUGGUGAGAUUUUUGAAGACAUGAAAAAAUCUGGGACUUGCAAGCCUGACAGUUGGACAUUUUCAUCCAUGAUCACCAUAUAUUCUUGUAGUGGGAAAGUUUCAGAGGCAGAGGGCAUUCUGAAUGAGAUGCUGGAAGCAGGCCUUGAACCUACCAUUUUUAUUUUGACAUCACUUAUGCAAUGCUAUGGGAAAGUGCAGAAGACAGAUGAUGUUAUCAGGACGUUCAAUCGACUUUUGGAACUGGGUAUAACUCCAGAUGAUCGAUUUUGUGGCUGUCUUCUGAAUGUGAUGACCCAGACACCAGUGGAAGAAUUUGCUAGGCUUUCUGUUUGUGUUGAGAAGGCUAAUCCAAAGCUUGGUCGAGUAGUGAAACUUUUGGUGGAGAAGCAAAAUGGUGAAGCAGAUUUUAAGAAGGAAGCAUCUGAACUGUUUGAGUCCAUUGAUUGUGAUGUAAGGAAGGCUUACUGCAAUUGUUUAAUUGACCUCUGUUUCCACCUAAAUCUGUUGGAGAGAGCUUGUGAGCUGCUACAGCUGGGCCUUUUACAUGAGAUUUAUACUGGCAUAGAGUCUAUGUCUCCAACCCAGUGGUCCUUGCAUCUUAAGGGUCUCUCCCAUGGUGCUGCUCUGACUGCAUUACAUCUUUGGAUUAAUGAUUUGUCAAAAGCACUUGAGUCUGGAGAGGAGCUUCCCCCAUUGCUCGGAGUCAAUACUGGACAUGGAAAACACAGGUACACUGACAAAGGGUUAGCAACUGUGUUAAAGUCACAUUUGGAGGAACUAAAGGCACCAUUCCACGAGGCACCAGAUAAGGUUGGCUGGUUUUUGACUACAAAUUCUGCUGCUAAGUCAUGGUUGGAGUCAAAAAAUUCACCUGACUCUGCCGCUUCUUAAGUGGUGUCCACAGAGGAAUAUAGCAGUUUCUUCACUUGCAUGUCUAUGAAUCGUAUGUCUUUGAAAUUUAUUCCUACUAUGUUAUUGCCAUUCUCUCUCUUGAUAAGAGGAAAUCUUUUUGUACCAUGAGACAGUAGAUGCAAUUCUUUGAAAUGUCAAGAAGGAGUGGCUUGACUAGCUAUGUUUAUGCUGUGGUCCUUGAGAUGGUAGAUUCAGUCAGCAUCUCCACUGGGUUCCAAUUGGGACUUUGGACUGGCUGGCUAACCAACAAAUUGAAGCCCAUGAAAUUCUUGUUCUGACGCCAUUAGUCACUCCAUUCCUUUUGGCAAAAAGGCUGAUAUGGAAUGCCUGUGUCGAUGGUAUUGAACUUGUAUUUUCCAAUAGGUCAUUAACGGUGAACUACCCGUAAGCUGUGAUUAAU